AUGCUCGUAUGCUUUAAAAAAAGUGUUAAAAGUUUUGCUAAGCACGGUUUUAAAAGCGUUAAGCGUAAAAUGGGGAUGCACGCAAAGUUUAGCGGUAAGGCUAAAAAAACAUUACGGGGCGCGUUAAUAAUUUAUUUUAGUAAAAAACGUAAAAUACCGCUAAUUAUAACGGCGUUUUGGUUAAAAACGAAAGGAUGGCAAUUAACCAAUUGGAAAACCUUAUUUAUUAUUUUAAUAACGAAAAAUACCAAAAGCCAAAUGUGCGAAAUUUUAAAAAUAACGCUUUUUAUAAUUUUUUUAAAAAGGAACGUUUGUAUUUUCGCUUUAAAAACGUAUUUAGCGAUAUAA